GCCAUGCUCGUAUUGGUCGUUCAUACAAAAUACUGGUGUACACGAGUGCAGAGGCAAAGCCCGUUGUAUAGUGGACGUUCCACGCGAUUCGACAGUUUUGCUCGCAGGAAAGCAAAAUAAUUUCUCUGGAACGGUGUGCCUCGAAAUCCAGUACCCUUUUUCUAUUUCUGAUCAUCUGUUGUCGUGUAUCGCGCUCGCGACAAAUUGCAUUUCCGCUUGUUUAGUGUCGGGAGUGACGGUACGGGAGAUCGUAGUAAUUAUACAUUUAUAAUUUCGCGUGGCUAAUUACUCAAGGAUACGCGCGAACGUAAAUAUAGAGUGGCUUCGUCGGAUGCGAGACUAUUGGCGAGGUGCUCGAUAAGUGUGGUGCAACAAAAGCAGUUGAGUGCUGCUCUAUUUAUUCUGCUGGAAGUUGACACCGAAAAUUUGGUGAAGAAAUUUUACGGUAUGGUCUACCAUUCUUGACAAAUAAUGGAUACAUGUUUGGAAAUGGUUCAAUAUUGAAGCAACCGGAAUGGAUUAGACGGUUUGUUAUUCUUUAGUGAUAUUGUUGGAUGAACAAUUAAGAGCAAUGCGUUUAAUAGUUUUGUGCAUAUAAUAAAUCGGAUUUCGCAAGGUGUAGUGAGUGGGUAACAAAAAAAGAGAUUUCCCGGUUUUGCAUGGUUGUGGGUGAAAGUGAAAGCUAAUAAAGAAGGCAAAAAUGUCUGUUCCCGUGGCAGUAAAGCAGGAACGACACGAUGAUGCAGAAAUCAACGAAUUGGCUGCAAAAAUGAUGGAAGCACAUAAACAACAAACGGCGAGGGCGGCCUUGAAUACGCAGGUGGGAAGGCCAUUGACCGGUCAGUUGCCGGGAGUAACUGGCAAUGGUACCACUGGUCAGACAAACAUUUUAAACUACCUAACCCGAAAGCCGGGUCAGCCCGUACCCCAGACAAUAGGUGCUACGACAAUCGCCCCGGUUGGAGCUGCAAAUGCACAGGCUAAUGGUAACACUGGAAAGACUGAUGAUGCAAAUGGUGAAAAGAAACCAUGCGACGAGGAAAGUCAGAAGGGACAUUUUGGCUGGGAAACAUUUCCCGGCAAAAUUCACAUUCCGUAUAUAUUCCGACAAUCGGAACGGUACUGCGCUGUGCGUAUGGUAGAAAUGAAACUGCUCAACAAAUAUCUGAACUAUCUUCAUCAGGAUAUCUAUAGUUGCACCUGUGUCCGGUCGUACUACAUCACAGAGGCAGAAAGUAAACUGUUCAAUGAAAUUAACACCAAGCAUUGUGACUUUCAGUUUGGGAGGGAAAUGUUUACGCUCAAAGACUUGGUUGUGCGGUUAUCGGAUGCCUACAAGUUUUACCAGUUCCUGGACGUUUGCUACAAGAAACUGUUGAUGGGUUGCAGCACACCGAACGACAAGUGUGGCUUUAUUCGCAUCAACAAAGAAUCCGUAGUUCCUUACACGGUCAGAGAUCAUCAGAAGAUGGUGCCGCUGUUUUACUUCGAGGGAGAGACUGAUAAUCUUAAGUUAAAAGCCGAUUACCUGUCGGGUUGGGAUCUGUCUUAUCUUAAGUUUUGCUGUAAAGUACAGGGUAUUAGGAAUGAGCUGUUUGCCAGUGAUUCGGUGGCGGUCAUUAGUUUAACCGAUAUCAAAGGUUACUUCCCACCGGGGACGGAAUUUGAGGAUUACUGGCCAAGUAAGGUUGUGGAUUCUCAGCUUUUAUCCGGACCAAAAUCGAACAAUACCGUCCAUUGGACGAGACAACCGGCACAACCUCCACCUAAACAGCCUAACAAUAUGAUGAACCCUAUGGCAAAACAGCAACAACCACAGGUUCGGAAGGCUACCAAUAACAUGUACCAAGCCCUGCAGCAGCAGCAACAGAAUUUGCAGAAAAACAACGCUCAAAUGCCAAACAUCUCGGCAGCAGUUCAGGCACUUACAAACAACUGGAACCUGUCGAACCAUGCCAACAUGCUGUCGGCUGCUCAGCAGGAACAGUUACUGAGGCUAUCGCAAGCACAGCAGGCUGCCCAGGCACAGGCACAAAUCCGAAGUAUGCAAAACAUGCAUCCCAUGCAAUACAAUUCCUACAUGAAUCCGACAAUGUCGAUGGCAUCGAGAUCGUCGCAAAACCAAGCCGUUCCUCCGCCCUUGGUUCGUUCCUCGGCUCAGUCGCAGGCUGCCCACAUGUCAAGCAUGGCAGGAGCGGCGGCCGCAGCAGCUAUUUCCCAACAGCAACAGCAGCAGCAACAACAGCAGCAGCAGAAACGUUCGAACGCCGUUGCCGCCAUGACCAAUGGUCGCUCGAACACAACAAUCACAUCGGCCAACAAUUAUCGCUCGACGGCGGCUGCGCUGCAACAGCAAUUGCAGCAGCAGCAGCAAGCCGCCGUGGCAGCCGCUCAACAACAGGCCGCUGCCAUGAAUGAUGGCGGUACACGGCACGGCAAUGUUAUUAUGCUGCCGGAAAUGACCAUGGGCGGUACACCGUACAAACCGUAUGAGGUCGUGAAAAAACCGAUCGAGAAUAAAACAAUUUACUGCAUCAACAAGACACCUUACCGGAACACAGACUAUUUGAUGACAAUUCAGGACCUGAAGGAUGUGUUUUUCCCGUACAUCAGUCUGGAUGUGUGCCGGAGGGUGCUGAAUGCGUUGGAUAUUAAUCUGUUUAUCGGCAACAGCUUGCAGUAUCAGGCGCUGCUGGAAGCCGGCCGUUCUAACGUGGACAAGAUGCCGCUCGUCCAGGUCGUUGAUGUGAUGCAGUUCAUGCCGCAACUGCAAUACAUGGUGCGAGGUCAGAUUGGCCAAGAGACGCCGGCAAACAAGCGGGCCCGCAUCAGCUAGGAAUUGGGGUGGGGGGUACAGCAACAGUGCCCUCAGAGCACAGUAGUUUCCGAUCUGAUAACAAGCAGUAGCAGCAUCACCAGUAGCAGUAUCCAUUCCGGCGCCAGUAGCAGUGUGAGCACAUCCUGGAAUUUAACACCUACAUCACCUUCGUCGAGCGGUAUAAAGUCAACGUCGUCCUCUUCCUCUUCCGGGACGCCCGUUUCAUUGGGUCCAUCCUCUGCGGCUAUUGUCAGUAGUAGUAGCAGCGGCAGUGGAUUUUCACCACCGAACAACCUGUUAAAUUUUGAUAAGAAAGCUCUCUCGUCUUGUCGGUAUCAGCAAGAGAAAGCUGAUUUUUACCAAGACACUUCCAAUCGAAUGCUGGCUCAAUCUUCGGCAUACUCGUUUCAAGAGUCAGCAUUCGCGGCUGCCGCUGCUGCAGCCGCUGCACAGCAACAGCAACAACAAGCUGCAGUUGCAGCUGCGGCCGCUCAACAAGCAGCCGCUGCCGCACAACAACAACUAACGGCGGCCAACAAUGCAGCUAUCUUUGCGCCACACUUUGCUUCCGGUUCAUACACGCCUGGUACAAUGCAGGUCGGAUCAUACGACAGCUCCGCUGCUACCGCUGCUCGUUCUUGUGCUCUGCCAUCGCCCACGAUUUAUCCACCAACCCCCCCACCCUCAGCACCCUGGAUUCAUCCAUGGUAUAGUGGCGAUACAUUUUAGUCAGUAGAUUCUAGCAGGUUUGAAACUACUUUUUUUAAUCCUUACCAAAUUCUAACCCCGAAUAAAAACUGUUGAAAUAAAAACUCAAAGUUCCAAAAUAAAAGUAAUAAAAGUAACGUAUUUUCGUGAUUGAAUGUCAAAUCAACCUGCGAGAGUUACGCUCACGUUAAGCAAAAUAUUUCUGUAGUAUUCAGUACAUUCAGCACAAACAUCGUAGAAUAGAAAAUCUAACCAAAAGAAAAUAAAGCAGCAACGCGAUCAAAACCAGAAUUACGUAGCAAGUUGAUUAGUAUUCACCCGGAAAAGUUUGAAAUGUCCAAAUGCGUAGCGAAGCACUUUCGAACUUGUUUUCCAAACUACAAUUUCAAAGUCCCAUUCAUCGAUCGAAGAUGUUAAACGAAUUUCCAUUCGAAAUUUGUAAAUGUACCCUUAGCAAAAAUUAUUAACACUCAGCAUCAUUAUAAUCGAGAUAUCGAAAACUAAAGUUACUACUAAUUGUAUUUUAACUCAUAACUCAAAGUAUAAAAGAAUACAAAUACGAAACUCAUUCGUUCAUGCUAUUGUACAAAAAUGUGACAAAAGCAGGACUAAGAGUAAGGACAGCGAAUCCUUGAAAAAUAAAUUUCGCUUGGAAAGAAGCUAGCAGUUAGCAAACAAACAUAAUUAUGCGUAAAAUAAGCACAGAACUGAAUAGACAAUGGCAAAGAUUCCCCUUUUGAGCUAAGGAGGAAUAAGGUAGAAUGUUAUUUUAAGAGCAAUCGAUUGGCAGAAUCAACCAAGUAUGAAGCAAUUUGUUUUAGCUUUUCCUCUUCGGAAACGUGUUACUAGUGUUUUGGGUGUGGACGACUUUUUCACGAACAGUAGAAAGUCACCGUAAAAGGAAAUCCAGUCAGUCAUUCACUCAGAACUGUAUCUCUAUCCUAUCCAUUGGAUGCUUUGUUGUGUAAGUAGAGAAAGCAAAUAUGUGUAAAUUUUAGUUAUUAGUAAAGUAUUGGAUUUAUUAGUAGCAGAGAACAUGAGAAAAAUGUAACGUACGAAUGAGAAAAAAAUCCCAGCUAGGUUAUAAGCCAGAAAAAAAAGAAGUUUAUUUAUUUUCUGUUGUAUAAAGCGUUUCGCACCCUAGCGAUGUUUUAUCCCCCUCUACAGAAAAAUGGUACCUAUAAAUUAUGUGUUUUUUAUUUAUUGUUUACGAUAUAGUUAUCAAGUACUUCUUAGUUGUAUGCUGCGAAGUGUAUACCCGUUAAAGAAAGGCUACUUGUUUAUAUUAAAUAUGUCCUACUAUCAAACAGACAGAAAAAUAAACGAAAUACGCUAUCAGUGUAACGUCUUUCUUCUGGUAGAAGAAAUUCGUAAUCCAAUAAAA